GCAACGUCAGACGUUGUGGCGCAUCGCUGCCAUGUAUGGAGCCGGUGUCUGUAACGUUAGAUCGGCGUCGAUUCAUUCGUAUUUUUACUGAGUUUACAUACGGGUGAAUAAGUUGCACCACAGCAUUGGCUCAUUGGAGAGAUGUCUGGACGUGUGUACGCCAGUAUCCUUAAAAAAGCUUCAGGCUGCACACUGACACUUAACUCAUCUAACGUUACCUCAUUCCAGACUCGACCUGCCCACCCUUGUCACUUCUCAUCCUGGGGGUGUACCUCCAGAGCAGACCUCUUGGGCUUCAGUGUUGAGGAGUCAGGAAAUUGGUCUCAAAGUUGGCGACACCUCUCGACUCAUCAGGAUCUAGACUACCAGCUCAGCCGGGUCCAAAUCAACAGUAUUUUGCGAGCUAAUGAGCAGACUGUAAGUGUGCCUGAGUUUGAUGGCAGGGGACUCAGUGCUGUGAGAAAGUUUGAGAGCAACCAGCUGGCUGCUAACACACCUAAUGAGGACCGUCGCAGUGCAGCCACCUGCUUACAGUCAAAGGGCAUGCUCUUUGGCGUGUUUGACGGCCAUGGGGGCUGGGCGUGUGCCCAGGCUGUCAGUGAGCGGCUUUUGUACUACAUUGCAGUUGCAAUGAUGCCAAAGCUGAGCCUGGAGGUGCUUGAGAAAUGCAUGGAGAAUAGCAGACCUGUUCCUCCCAUCUUGCAGUGGUACAAACACCAUGCAGACUUUAACUACCGUGAAUCUGCUUCACUCUACAUCGACCACCUCAGAGUCUUCUGGCAAGAAUUACUUGACAACGAGGAACAUGGUCAAGGCUUGAGUCCUCCAGAAGCUCUGGAUUGCGCUUUCAAGCGGCUGGACGCUGACAUCUCCUUGGAGGCUCAAGUCCCCCUUUCCAGUGACCUAAUGAAGAGCACAGCCAUCCAGGUUGCGUUUGCCGGUUGCACCGCCUGUGUGGCACAUGUUGGCACAGAUGGGAUCCACGUGGCGAAUGCCGGUGACUGCCGAGCAGUGUUGGGGGUGCAAGAGGAGGACGGUUCAUGGAGCGCUUUGCCCCUUUCCCAGGACCACAACUCACAGAACCUAGCUGAGGUGGAGCGGCUCAAGGCCCAGCACCCACCCUCAGAGAGAGACACGGUGGUCACUGAUGACAGACUGCUCGGGGUCCUGAUGCCCCUGCGUGCCUUUGGUGAUGUAAGAUUCAAGUGGAGCCAUGAGUUGCAGCAGAGCAUUUUAGCCAGCCUGGAAUCAGGAGUGGACGUGGACUCUCUGAACCUGUACCAGUACACGCCACCUAACUACCUAACGCCACCCUAUCUGGAUGUGGCCCCCGAGAUAACCUAUCACAAACUGAGACCUCAGGCGUUCCUGAUCCUCGGCACUGAUGGGCUGUGGGAUGAACUGGGGAGCGAGGAGGCUGUACGACUCGUUGGAGAGCACCUCAGUGGGAUUCACCUACAGGCUCCAGUUUCUCCAUCUGAGAGGCAGCUGAAAUUGGGUCAGAUUCAUGAACUCUUACUGAAACGCCGGGCCCGGGCCUCCCCCGCCUUAGACACCAACGUUGCCACGCACCUCAUCAGACAUGCUCUUGGCACUGGGGAGUAUGGAGAACUCUGCCAGGAGAGACUAGCCUCUAUGCUCACUUUGCCAGAGGACCUGGCUCGAAUGUACAGGGACGACAUCACAGCUACUGUGGUGUAUCUGAACUCUGACCUGGCCAGACUGCACCACAGCUAACGGAUGGAUUUUUUCAGUGAUGGACAGAGAUUAAAAAAACCCAAAAGAAAUUCACUCGGCAUUAGCUUUGGGAAAGAUCAUAGAAAAACAUUUUCUCCAGGUUGUCAUUUUAUGGGAAAAAUGACAACCUGUUACAUUAAUUAAUUUCUAUAUACUUGAAAUGAAAGGACAGAUUUCAGUGUUAUAAAGUAUGUGAACUGUAAAAACAAAUCACUGUUCCAUAGACUUAACUUAGGUUACAUAUUCUUAAUUGUUGCAUCUAUCAGGUCAUUGGUCCUUCAGUGUAUUCUUUAUGGACAUUUUAUAGAUAUCACUUGAGUAACAGGUGAGUAGUGGAAAUGUUGGCAGUAAUUACAAGGCUACAGACACUUUGUUACUUGUCUACACUUUGCUUAAGACUAUCAUUAUGUGACAUCUUUUCCUGUUAACUUGACCUACGUGUAAACUGUGAAAUAUACUAUUCAUUUUAUGUAAAUGUACUGCUUUCCGUGCGACUGUUGGAUUUUCUGAAGUUGACACUCCCCUCACUGGAGGAAAGUUGUAGAUGCUUCAUAUUAAACAAUCAAGAAAUUG